UCUCAUCUGCUCCUCUACCUGCUCCACCCUCAAUCCACCAGAACCAUGGGCUGCUGUGGCUGCUCUGGAGGCUGUGGCUCCAACUCUGGGGGCUGUGGCUCCGGCUGUGGGGGCUGUGGCUCCGGCUGUGGGGGCUGCGGCUCCGGCUGUGGGGGCUGUGGCUCCAGCUGCUGUGUGCCCAUCUGCUGCUGCAAACCUGUGUGCUGCUGUGUGCCAGCCUGUUCCUGCUCCAGCUGUGGCUCCUGUGGGGGCUCCAAGGGGGGCUGUGGCUCUUGUGGGGGUUCCAAGGGGGGCUGUGUCUCCUGUGGGGGUUCCAAGGUGGGCUGUGGCUCCUGUGGGGGCUCCAAGGGGGGCUGUGGCUCCUGUGGGGGUUCCAAGGGGGGCUGUGGCUCCUGUGGGGGCUCCAAAGGAGGCUGUGGCUCUUGUGGCUGCUCCCAGUGCAGCUGCUGUAAGCUCUGCUGCUGCUCUUCAGGCUGUGGGUCAUCCUGCUGCCAGUCCAGCUGCUGUAAGCCCAGCUGCUCCUCCUCAGGUUGUGGGUCAUCCUGCUGCCAGUCCAGCUGCUGCAAGCCCUACUGCUGCCAGUCCAGCUGCUGUAAGCCCUGCUGCUCCUCCUCAGGUUGUGGGUCAUCCUGCUGCCAGUCCAGUUGCUGCAAUCCCUGCUGCUCCCAGUCUAGUUGCUGUGUCCCUGUGUGCUGCCAGUGUAAGAUCUGAGGCUCUGGACUCAGGCCUCAUGUGAGUCCUGCUAAUCCUGUCUUCCAAAGCUGUGACCUGUCCUUCAUUGUUGAGCCCCAAAUCAUUGCUCAGGGUCCAUUCCCUGCUGUAGAACGAUGCCAUAUCUGGCUGCCUUUUCCUAAGAAGAGUCCACCCUAAUUAAUGUCCAUUGUCUCUCCUAACAAAUUCUCUUCCCAAGUCAACUGCAAUUGCAGCUGAAUCACCCCUCACCCACUAGCCUCGCCUUUGCUCAUCUUUUCAGAGGCCUGAGCUCCUGAACCCACUUGCAGUCCUGUCUUUUCCAGCUGGAGCAGCUGGGCAUAAGCGUCCCACCUGCAACAAGGUGGGCGUUUAAGAGGCUUCCUUGGAGUGGCUUUGCAUGUCCAACACUCUGCUGUAUCUUUUUUUUUUUUUUUUUUUUUUGAGAUGGAGUCUCGCACUGUCACCC